CUUAAUUCUUGCCUGAUUUUGACCCGGCCCCUUUAAUCCCUCCGAUUUCUGCAAAUACCUCUUAUUUUGCACGACUUCCUCUCGUGUCUCUUUCGAUCUUCAAAAACAUAAAACCCAAACAUAUCAUCAGGUAUAACAAAACCUAAACCACCGUCUCUAACUACCACAAACCACUAACUUCUCUCUUCCUCCAUCUUUGUCAAUCUAAAAAAGAAAAAUUCAUGACACCACCAUCAUGAUCUUACCUCUAUUGCAUCUACCAAUGACUUCGUCAUUGUCGAAACAUUGUUAAAGUGAGAAGCUAUUGAAAUAGCAGACCCCCAAGAUGAAGUCGGGUGAAAAUGCAUGGCUAAAGGUAGAUCAUAAUAUCAGUGCAAUAAGAUCAAAUGAAGGGUGGACGAACGAACACCUAACAAGAAGCGUUUGUAAAGAGGAAGAUGAAGAAAUGAACAAGAUAGGGGCAAAAAGAUUCAAGAUCUCCUCUCCUGAGUCCUUGGGGGCAUCAACUGUUUGUGGUAUAAAGAGAAUCUAUGUGAAGUACCACAAUGUGUACGAGACAAAUGCAAUGAAGGUGGUGAGGUUUGAUUGCAUUAAAAAUCAUGCUAAGAAACAUGAUGCAAGAAAUUGCAAUCCGUCUACCCUUGAUGAACUUCAAUGGGAUCUUCAUCAUAUUGUUGGUGUUGUUGGUGGACUCAUGGACAAUUUCUACAGUCAUCUAUUCAAUACCAAGGACCCUAUUGCUGCACUUUAUCAAAUGUUCCAAUUCAAAAUAUCAGUGGUUCUUCACUUCCUAACUAAGUGGUUGCAGCUUCAAUCUAUCAAAUCCUCACGUUAUGUAAUGUUACCGCUUUUCACCAAGUGUUCCUAUUAAUUUAAAAUGUUACAAACUAUGUCCGUAUUUAAUGAGAAGAUGGUUCUCUAAAUCAAGUGUUAAGAACAUUUAGACUAUCUGGUGAUUUAUAGCUUACUUGGUUGAAAGUUUUUUUUUUUUUUUGUUGUUAAAAGGUGUUGUUAUGUUGCUAUCAACAAUUACCCUC